AAAGAGCCACUGCCCUUUGCCCAGGAGCAUAAUGGAAAAGGCAUGUUGUGGCUAAAUGUACAUGAACAUGGUAUUUGUCCGACAGCAGACAUUGGCUUCCCAGAUCACAAAGGUGAGGGUGUCAAUGUGCUGAACCGGUGCCUGGCUGCAACAAUGGACUGGAUGAGGACUAAUAAACUGAGGCUCAAUCCAGACAAGACUGAGAUGCUGUUAGUGGGUGGUUCUUCUGACUGGAUGGUGGAUGUUCAACCUGUCCUGUAUGGGGUCACACUCCCCCUGAAGGAGAAGAACCCAUUAGGUCUCUUCUUGGCACUUCUUGGCAACUGUUGAUACCAUGAGCGUGGGAUUCAUCGGUGCGGGGCAGCUUGCCUUCUCCCUGGCUAGAGGUUUCACUGCAGCAGGAGUCUUGGCUGCUCACAAGAUAACAGCAAGUUCACCAGACACUGAUCUCCCAACUGUAGCAGGGUUGAGGAAAAUGGGUGUGAAUUUCACCAUAAGCAACAAAGAGACAGUUAAAAACAGUGACGUCCUGUUUCUCGCAGUGAAACCUCCCAUUAUUCCAUUCAUUCUGGAUGAGAUUGGCUCAGACAUAGAGGAUCGGCACAUUGUGGUCUCCUGUGCUGCUGGGGUCACAAUCAGCUCUAUUGAGAAGAAACUUUCUGCCUUCUGCCCCACCCCAAAAGUGAUCAGGUGCAUGACCAACACCCCGGUGAUUGUACGGGAAGGGGCCACUGUCUACGCUACGGGGAGCCAUGCUGAAGUGGAGGAUGGAAAGCUCUUAGAGCAACUCAUGGCUAGUGUGGGCUUCUGCACUGAAGUAGAAGAAGACUUGAUAGAUGCUGUCACUGGACUCAGUGGCAGUGGACCUGCUUAUGCAUUCACAGCCUUGGAUGCCCUGGCAGAUGGAGGGGUGAAGAUGGGCCUUCCUCGCAGGCUCGCCGUCCGUCUGGGAGCCCAAGCUUUGCUGGGAGCUGCCAAGAUGCUAUUAGAAUCUGAGCAGCACCCCGGACAACUGAAAGACAAUGUAUGCUCACCUGGGGGUGCUACCAUCUAUGCCCUGCACUUUCUAGAGAGUGGCGGCUUCCGCUCGCUGCUCAUCAAUGCCGUGGAGGCAUCCUGCAUCAGGACAAGAGAGCUGCAGUUCUUGGCUGACCAGGAGAAGGUCUCCCCAGCCGCCAUUAAGAAGACCUUAAUGGAUAAAGUGAAACUAGAGUCCUCCUCUGCCAACAAGGUCAGCAUGUUCAGCAACAAGAAUCCUGGCAGCAAGAAGUACUGAGGAGGCCUGGCUCCUGCCUACCCAAUGCUUUUCUUUCUCUUUCAAGGGAAUUGGUAGCACAAGCCAUUUUUUUGCAGGGUGCCUUGCCUGGUCUCAAGGCUGCAGGAGAACAGGAUUUCAGCUUCCAAGUGUGCUUUAUUAAAGGUAGUAGGGACCAGUAUUUCCGGGGCCUGAGAGGGACUGGAUGGGUGACUGUAUGUUCUCCUGUGCUUGACAGAUUUCUCUCUCGUCGUUGUGAUUGCAAGAUUUUCUUCUUUACAUUUCCCACAUGUGCGAGCUCACACACACACACCCUCCAGGGGACUCUUUUCCUAUUAAUCCUCACAACAGCCUUAUGAGGUAGGUUACUCUGAGCGAUGAUGACUGGACAAAGGCCAUGCAGAGUGCUUUGUGGCUAAGGAGGGAUUUUAACCCGCUUUCUCCCAAUCUGUGUCUGUCUUCUGUGGCUCUGUCAGGCUAGAGAACAGUCACUUCUUCUUUAAUAGAUCAGGGACUGGAGCUCAGGCAGGGCCUUCAAGUCCUGUUAGUUGUCAUGUAUGCCAUUCCCACUGGCUGCUGUCCAGUCUGGGAGGCAUUCUAGACUUUGGGGUAUGGCUGCCCUUGUUUUUUUAAAUCCUCAUUGCAAAAGUGUACCCACUCACUGCUCUCUCUGCUUUGCCUGACCUUACCACUCUCUGCUCAGGACCACAGAUUUCUCCAGCUGCUCCAGCUGAACAGCUCCCAUCACGCUGCCCACUAAUAGUAGGAAAAUAAAAUGUAUCUCUGCUCCUGCCUUCUCCUCCUGCUAGGCUCCCGCAUUCAUUUCAUGUAUGCCGUUCUGCUAUAUUACAAGCCGGAGGGGAGGUCCGUUUAGACGACAAGUUGGUUGUCUGUUGUAGCUCAGCUCUAGUAUGAACACAGGAAGCUGCUUGAUUCCAGCCAGGCUUCUUGCCCAUCUAUGCCUGUAUUUUCCACUCUGACUGGCAGCAGCUGUUUCACAGGGCUUGCUGCCCGGUCUUUUUUAAUUGCACGUGCCAGGGUGUUGAUUGCUUACUGUCCCAUCUCUGCAGCACAGGCCUCCAGUAUGGAGCCCCGCGAGAGGCCUCAUACUUGGGGAGCUGACUACUUUUAAAAAAUGGUUUGGAUGUGAAUGCAGCUGAAGUUCCAACUUGGCUCUGUUUUUGGUUCAACAAACGAAGGUUUGAUAAUGACUUCACCACAUGCCUGGAACGUGUUGCGGUGUAUGGGGGCGGGGGAUAAUUCAUAUUACAGUCCUGACUUGCACAGGGGAGGGGAACAAGCUUCAGCUGUUGAAUUUCCCCUUUAGCACAGGGCUAGGGAACCUGUGGCCCUCUAGAGGUUGUUGGACUUUAACUGCCAUCAGCCUUGGCCGGCAUGGCCAAUGGUCAGAGAUGAUGGGAGGUAUUGGAUUAUGUCCUAGGAGAUCAGGGUUCAGUGCCACACUUGACCAUGAAGCUCACUGGAUGACCUUGGGCCAAUCACUUCCUCUCAGCCUAACCUACCUCACAGGGUUGUUGUGAGGAUUAAAUGAGGAGAGGGAGGAGCUCCGUGGAGGAAAGGCAGGAUAUAAAUGCAAUAAUAAAAUAAAAUAGUCUGGCCAGAGGUAGAGCCACAGGUUCCCCGUCUCUGCUCUCAUAUUCCUAUUUUGCAAAUGAGGACUCAGACUUCAGGCUGUGAGCCAACUUUGACCAGUGGGUGGGGCCACCUGAUGUCAUUAUCAUGUGAUGUGGCAACUUCAACAGGACUCACUCUCAGUGCCCAUCAGUUGUCCAUUUGCAGGCAUGAUUUAAACCCAAACUGCUUACUGUUAGCCUUCAAAGGAUCACCCUUUCAGUGCCCAUCAGCUGAUUGGUGUUACGUUUAAGCCCUAAUGGUUUUACUAGGGAGUUCCUGAUGGGAAGCUCCAUAGUGUGGCUGAUCCCAGCCAUACGUCAUCAAGUGUGGGGCAGGUGGGCAUGGUUUGGGGAAAAUGGCCUUGCAUACCUAAAUUUCUUUGGCCCUUGAAAAAGUCAUGUGCCCUGGGCUCCUCUGGCGCUUUGGCAUCCAUGGUUUGUUGAGGAACCCAAUGAUUGCUAAUGCACUAAAUGUGGUUCUGAUUCCCUGUGUCAGGGGUCGCCAACCUUUAUCGACCAGAGGCCACAUUUCAAAUUUUGAGGAAAUGCUGGGGGCACCAGCCACAAAAUAGCUACUGGGGGAGCAUGGCAUAACACAAAAUUAGAGAGUAGUCAUGAUGAAGCUUUUCCCAUAAUUAUAUUUGUAUACUAGAAAAGGGUUGACCUGUUGAAUUUCUGCCUGCCAUACAGCUGCUAUAGGCACAAGAACCCUUUCCCCCCCAAUGCUAACCCUAAACCAAAGCCUAGGCUCCAUCCUAUACCCACUUACCCAGAAGUAAGCCCCAUUAAACACAGACUUAACUUCUGAGUCGACAUGUAUACAAUUCUGCUGUAAGUUAAGUAUACCGUGAAUUUUUAAUGUGUCCUUGGUCUUUAGUUCCCGCAAAGCAGGGGACAUGCCUUAGCCUUUUGUGGUUUUCAUAUUUGCCUUUUGCGGGGGAGAUUAUUUUCUUAACAUUCACCCACACUUAUUGUGUAGUAGUGUUUCCAGGAAAUAAUUUCUAGGUGCUACCUGAUCAGGCAAACCUAGCAUAGGAAUGAUGCAUCCUGGUUGCUAGGGACAAAGGAAGGGCAAACUGUGGAGUGGCUAGGGGGGAAAAAUAGAUGUUGUGAUUGGAAAAUGAAUGUUGGAAGAUUCAGGACAGACAAAAGGAAGUACUUCUUUGCUCAGCGCAUAGUUAAACUAUGGAAUUUGCUCCCACCAGAUGCAGUAAUGGCCACCAGCUUGGAUGGCUUUAAAAGAAGAUUAGACAAGUUCAUGGAGGACAGGGCUAUCAAUGGCUACUAGCUGUGAUGGCUGUGCUCUGCCACCCUAGUCAGAGGCAGCAUGCUUCUGAAAACCAGUUGCUGGAAGCCUCAGGAGGGGAGAGUGUUCUUGCACUCGGGUCCUGCUUGCGGGCUUCCCCCAGGCACCUGGUUGGCCACUGUGAGAACAGGAUGCUGGACUAGAUGGGCCACUGGCCUGAUCCAGCAGGCUCUUCUUAUGUUCUUAUAGAUGUAGGAAAAAGUACACUAAAACGGAGGAGAAGCAGCAGCUCUUUAGGACCCCAGGGAUUCCUAUUGCCUGGUGUCCAAACAACUCACUUAUAGCUUUGACUUCAUUUAUUGGCUAAUCACACUAAUGGGCAGGAGCGCCCAGGCUGGCUCUUUUCACAUAAAUUGUUUAGAAGGGUACUUGCAUAUUUUGCUCCAUAACUUACUUUUUAGAAGUACUACAGAUUGUCUUGUUUUUUAAAUGAAAGCUCAGGUGCUGAGCUACCUGCUGGAGGCACCACUGAAGGCCUUUGCGGAUAUCAUGGCACCUGCCAAUGAUGUGUUGGUGACACCUGCCCCACCUGAAGGGCUCAGCGGUGGGGCAACUCCACCCCACACUGAUAGCCCAGUCAAGAAAGGGGCAACUAUCUGCCUUCCCUUUUCCUUGUAUAAUGGGUCACUAUUCUAUUUACUGACUCAAAUGUGACAUGAAAGUGUGGUUUUCCGCUAUGUGAAUGAGGCUUGGGCUUGCAUGCCCCCCACCAACACCUCACUUCACAUGAGAUCGGAAGGAUCUACUUCUGUUUUUGAACAAACCAAAGUUCCUCAUUACAUCCAAAUUCAAAACCGGGGAUGUGGAAUCUGUGGCCCUCCAGAUAUUGUUGGACUACAUUUCCCAUCAUCCUUGACAAUUGACCAUGCUUGCUGGAGCUGAUGGGAAUUUCAGUCCAGCAACUGCCUGGAGAACCACAAAUUCCCCAUUCCUGUUCUAGCUCUAUGACUUUGGCAUAGCGAGGACAAGGUAGGAUCAAACUCUGGUGUCCAGUUAUUUCAGAACCGGCCUGCUGUUUCAAUUGGAUUUGCCUGCAUUUUAUCACUGAGCAUAUCUUCUUCAAAGGUGCUGUUUCUGUACAUAGAGCAGAGAGAAAAAUUGUGGGGGGGUGUGUUUGUUUGAUAUUGACACUUGCUCUGCUUAACAGUACUUUACCUCUGGAAGAUUGACGUAGAAUACCUCAUCAUUCUUUUCAAACUAUGUUUGUUGCUAUCUGUAACUAUAUACUUCAAGAUAUUCUGCAACAGAGUCCUCAAACACUUUCUUUCUCUCCUACCCCCUACCCCCACCACAGAAAGAAACCCUGCACCAUUCAUCCAAACCUUUGUCCCUCCAACCUCCCCAUAUGGUAAUGAUUGGAACAAGGAAUCAGACUGACUGGGGGUGGGUGGAAGAAAUACUGUGGACCAGUGUCACACUUACUAUUCAUAUGUUUAAUAAGUGGAGGAAGAUUUGUUUUUAUUGGCAAGAGUGGUUUUGAAUUUGGAUCAUUGCUGACACCUGAUGUGUAAGAUAACCUUAGAUGUAUGCUGGUUAUCUCAAGCCUAUGGGGUUUGAAGCUUAGCGCAUGUUCAUCUUUCGACACCUAAGGACACAGUAUUAUUUCCCAGACACCUGUUGGGUUUCCUAGUUCCUGCUUUUUGGGAGAUGUGGAGAUGGGGACCAUAUGUUCAGUCUCUCUAGGACAUAUUUCCCAUUCUCUGGAGAAUAAAUUUUGUGCUUCUCGG